ACAUGGAAGUUUCGCGGCCCUGAAGACAGGUCGGAUCCCCCUUGUGCCGAGGAGCGGGGCUUCCCCUGGCUUUCCGCGGGCCCGAGCCCGCGCUCCCCCGGCCUGCUCCCGGGCAAUGAACGUGGAUGAAUGAAAGCCGGGCUCUAGGAACUGCCCUCCGCCCGCCGCCCCCCGCCCCCGCCGCCGCCGCCGCCGCCGCCUGAGUGAAGCUGGGGCUCCCGGGAGGAGUCGGAUCCGAGUCCGCAGCCAUGCAAAAGAAAGAAAUCGAGUGUCUGAGCCCCGAGGCUCAGAAGCUGGCUGAAGCCCGGCUUGCAGCCAAGAGGGCGGCCCGAGCCGAGGCUCGAGAGAUCCGCAUGAAGGAGCUGGAGAGGCAGCAGAAAGAGAUCUAUCAGGUUCAAAAGAAAUAUUAUGGGCUGGAUACAAAAUGGGGUGACAUCGAGCAGUGGAUGGAAGAGAGCGAGCGAUACUCUCAUAGAUUCCGAAGAAAUCCAUCGGCUUCUGAUGAAGAUGAACGCAUGUCAGUGGGUAGUCGCGGAAGCCUGAGGUCCCAGGCAGAGCUGGACUAUGCCGGCGCCUACCCCAUGCAGAUGAACGGUCACGAUGGCGACUUAUACGGAUCCUCAUCCCUGAAUAGAAAACCUAGCAGGAGUUCCAGAUCCAGCAAGGAAAGCAAAGUGCCCAGCAGAUUGUCAUCCAGGGAGGAGAAGUUGGGCUCCUACUAUUCUGACCUCGGGCUUUCCUGCAACAGCCUUCCCUCUAGACCCCCGUCAACUUCCCAAAACGGAGCUCGGGCGUCCCUGUAUGAUGAGAGCGUAUACAGUGGGAGCCGACGAUUUAGUGCCUCCACUUCACAUCCUCCCUCCGAGUACAGCGGCUACCGGGGCUCCGGAUCGCGGGCGUCCUCCAGGGCCAGCUCAGCGCGUGCAAGUCCAGUGGUUGAAGAGAGGCCAGAAAAGGACUUUGCUGAGAAGGGCUCUCGUAACAUGCCCAGCCUAUCAGCGGCCACGCUGGCUUCCCUGGGUGGGACCUCCUCUCGGAGGGGCAGCGGGGACACCUCCAUCUCCGUGGACACCGAGGCCUCCAUGAGGGAAAUCAAGGAAAUCAAUGAGUUAAAGGACCAGAUUCAGGAUGUAGAAGGCAAAUACAUGCAGGGCCUGAAAGAGAUGAAGGACUCCCUGGCCGAGGUCGAGGAGAAAUACAAGAAGGCCAUGGUUUCAAAUGCCCAGUUAGACAAUGAGAAGAUGAACUUCAUGUACCAGGUUGACACCCUAAAGGAUGCAUUGUUAGAACUGGAAGAACAACUGGCUGAAUCUCGAAGGCAGUAUGAAGAAAAAAACAAAGAGUUUGAAAGGCAGAAGCAUGCUCACAGCGUGCUGCAAUUCCAGUUUGCUGAAGCAAAAGAGGCCUUAAAACAAAGAGAAGAGAUGCUGGCGGAAAUCCGACAACUGCAGCAGAAACAGGAGAGUUAUAUCAGGGAAGUUUCCGAUCUUCAGGAAACAAUAGAAUGGAAAGACAAAAAGAUAGGGGCGUUAGAGAGGCAGAAAGAGUACUUUGAUUCCAUACGGAGUGAGCGAGAUGACCUUCGGGCCGAAGCGAUCCUGCUGAAGGAGGAACUGAAGAAACAUGGAAUCAUCCUGAAUUCUGAAAUCACCACCAAUGGAGAACCUCUAGAUCAUCUAAGUCACGUGAGCCACCUGGGAUCUCCCAAGGUGCCACAAGAAGAAAUAAAUGCCCUGAAGUCAUCCAGCGACGGGACCCUUGGAAGAGCCAGUGCAGUGGAGGUGGCGAGUGAGAAUGUGGCCAAAGUGGGGGAAAGCGCGGUCUUGCAGAGUCCCGAGCGUGAGCGGCCCCAGGCGGAUUCUGCCGAGGCAGGUGUGGACACAAAGGCCUCCUCUCCUGAUGGGAAUGCAGAGGCAGAAAACCCCCCGCAAGACCAGGCCAUGGUGCCAGAGAUAUUAGCCAAGGAUCCAGCCCAUGUGCCAGAGACUCGUUCUGUCCCUGGCAGUACCAACGCACAGGCUGAACCCAGGGAGGAUGGAAGUGGACUGGGCACUAGUGUAGAGUCCAGUCACCCCGAUGAGUUAAAGAAUAAUGAUGUGGAUCAGAAUCAGGAAAUAGCAGGGAGCCCUCGCUUUCCAGGGGACGGGAUUAGCCAGGCCCUAGAUGCUCAAAAUGAAAAGAAAGACUUAGUAGAAAAGCAGGGAGAGGGUCAGCCAGAGGAAGAGGACAGCAUGGAAUUAGCUCAGGGGACCCCGGGUGCUGAAAGGAUAGACACAGAGACCGAGGAAUUAAGCGAAAGCCCUUCAGAAAGCCCGCUUGAAGGAACAGAAGCCAAAGACGGGACACAGGUAGAGCCAAAAGCAGACAGUAAAAGGGCCCAAGAGGGAGUAGUUAGUGGGGAGGAAAAAGGUACAAAUCUCACAAAAGAGGAACAAAAUAAAGAGGAGGAAAAUGAGUUCACAAAGGAGGAAGUGAUCGAAACAGGCCCGUCUUCUCCAAAACUCAAGAGCAAUCAGCCAGAAAAAAUGGACCCGAAGGUCACAGCUGGGGAAAAUGGAUGCCCAGGCCAGAAUGUGCCCUCAGGAGAAAGAGAUGGCCAGAAGGGGGAGAUUUGUGACUCCUCGGCCAAAAAGUCCAAAAACAAGAAGAAGAAAAACAAGAAGAAGAAAGCCCCCCAUGUGGACUCUCCCGAAGAUGUUAAGAAAGAGCUGGUCUUGCAAAACACCGAGGAGGAGGAAGAGGAGGAAGUGAAGUUAGAGGCCAAGAGUCAAGCCCUCGGCGAGGGGGAUCAAGGGGAGAAGCCGGAAACCAGGACGGAUCUUGACGAAUAUGUGGAUUGUCCAGAGGAACCCAAAGCUGACUCACAUGACAAACCAAACAAGGAAGGAGAUAAAGCGAAGAAACCCGAAAAAGGUGAAGGUGAAGAGCUUGACGGUGCUACGGCCCAUCCACUGGGAACCGGUGGCGAGGGAGAGGUCGGUCUCUCGGAGACGGCCGAAGCUGGAAGCACCCAAGAGUCCGCCCCAACUGAUAGUCCUGCCGGGAGAGCAACAGAGGAGAAUAAAGGAGCAGGCGGCAGCGGGCCCGAAGACCAAGACGCGCCAUUUUCCCCUCAUGAGGAAUCUCCCACCGAUUCCAUGGAGGAAAACAACCAGCCAGAGGAGCAGCCGGAGACGGCCGAGGAAGCGUUAGAAAGCAGUAGUCUAGAUGGCGAUGAUCCCGAAGACCCCGUGGGCAGCCUCAAGGCAGAGGGCAAAGAGGAUGCUCAGGGCAGGAGCAGUAAGGGGAGAGAGAAAAACAAAGAGGAGUGUACCAUGUCGUGAGUGGAGGCAGGCGGCUUCCAGCAGCUGGUGUGGGGGGGGACAGCUGGAAGGAAGAAAGGCACUUUGCAGAAUAUCAUAUCCCAUAUUAUAGGAAAACAUAGGAGUUUCUCUCCUGGUGACAGUCCUCAUCUCUGCGCUGGGCUGGGCGCACUGUGUGGCAAUCAGUGACCCUAGAUCAGUUAUUGAAUCUCAGCUCCAGGCAAUCCAAGUGUUUGUCCCACGUGGCUAUGUUACGGGGAGCUCAGGAUGAUCAGAGAACCAAGUAACUCUCAACAACAGUCCUUGCUUUAGUUUCCGGUUCCAAGUCAAAGCAGCCUCGAUUCCUGCUCUAAGCCCGUGUAGACACAUGUCCACACAUGACGCCAUUUUAUUGUAAAGACCAAACAGCCCUCUACCUGUAACGGACUGCUUCCCACUCGGGUUUGUCUCUGAUGGCCGGGCCUUCUAUUUAUCCCUGAUAUAUUUAUUUCAAUGGGCACGUAUGACAGGUUGCAGGGAUGAUUUCCAGGCAAUAACGAGCUGCCGAAUGAUCUUUAGGUCACUGAGUGAUAAAGUUUGUGCCUUAUGGGAAUGAGAGUUCAUUUAGACAAUGAAGCUCAUCGCUUUCAAGACCUAGAGAAGGCUUGAGGUCAGAUGAUACUUGGCGAUCUAGGCAAGAUCUCUUAUUCUAGAUCAAGUCUUGAGGACCAUAUUACCAAUCAUUCCUUGAUACGUAGAUAUAAUUUUUGUUUGUUUGCUGGGGAAAUUAUUUUAUUUUAUGUGCACAUUACCCAUCUUAUAUAUUUUAUAUACAAUGCUACCAAGAAAAAUGGUUUUUUUCUCUAAAAAUAGCUAUUUGUUUAAAUUAGCCUAGUAUUUUUCAUUUCUAUCAAGAGCACACUUUUGAAAUGAUGGCUUCCCUUGAAAAUACCCUUUAUUUAUCCUCUUGGCUAAUCCUUCUUGAGUGUCUAACCUUCAUUAACAAGUACCAUAUCAAAAGUUGGAACCGUCCCUGGGCAGAUUCCUAACUCCUAACAAGCAAGGACACCUGCAGACAGUUGAAUGCUUUUUGACUGUCCCCUGCACUAUCGAUCCAAUUUUGCUGGUACGUUCUGAAACGGGCCUGCACGCAGGCCCCUGUGUUUUUGCUGCAUAAUGAAGUGUUCCUUUUAAAUGUGUUUAAAUAUUAAAAUCAAAGUGUAUGCACAUGAAUGUCAUUGCCAUUUAGGUGGACAUGUUAUGUGGUUUUUCUAGCUGUUACAGAAUCAUUGACUACAACCAGACCAAAGUUUUAUGAACAUUUGAGGUGUAUAUGAUAAAUGUUGUAUAUAAUUGAAAUAAAGGCAUUUUAUAAUUUUAAAAAGCUGUGAUGCACCAUCUUUGCAAUGUGUAUAAUCCUCCUAGGACUAAUACUGGCUCCCCUGCUUCCGCUGUCGCCUCCCACAUUCACCUUGUCUUUAUUAAAAACGGACGCAUUUGGAAGCCGA